AUGACGAGCUCAGAUUUCCACCGAAGUUCCAACGAACAAUUCAGGCCCUUACACAUCGUAUAUGAUGGUCUUAACCGUGUAGACGGCUCAGCUCGCUUUGGAUUUGGAAAUUCUGCAGCGCUUGCGUCAGUCUCUGGCCCGAUAGAAGUGCGCCUGGCUGCAGAACAAUCGUCUCAGGCGACAUUUGAGGUCCACGUGAGGCCAUUUUCGAACGUACCAGCGACAGAUUCGAAGUCUCAGGCAACUGUCAUUCGAUCUGCACUGACGCCCUCCUUGAUUCUCACCAAAAAUCCGAGGACGUUGGUCCAAUUGGUCGUUCAAAACCUCAGCUCCGCCUCGACAAACACAGAACGAGAUGGCCUAACUGCUGCCAUGAUUAACGCCAGCACUUUGGCUCUAUUAAACGCUGGAUCAUUACCGAUGCGUGGGGUGGUUUGCGCCGUCGCUGUUGGCAGGACAUCGAACGGGGAGUUCUUGGUGGAUCCUACAGCGGAAGAGGCGAAGGAUAUCACGGAAGGAGGGUGCUUUUCAUUCAUGUUUGCGGGAUCGUCAGCCUCGACAUGUGUGUGGACUAAUUGGAGAUCGACAAGUGGAGGUGUCAAGCAGGAGCAUCUCGAGUCGGGGAAAGCGAUGGCUAGGACGGCUGCUCAACGGAUAUACAAGGCCAUCAAGACCAGUUUGGGCGGUGAGUCGGAGGACGAUGAAAUGGAAACAUAA